AUUAAUAGACUUUUUUUUUAUUAAUUUGAAACAUUAGGUGUUGUUCCCAAUUUUAAAAGCUUAUGAACGUUUCUUUGCCAUUCACACGGACGAAGCAUGGCAAGAGGUUCACUACACAGCCGAUCGCCAAGCAGUUCAAUCAGCUGACUGACAGGGCCGGUUUUGGUUGUUUGUUUUUAGUUUGCUUUUUAAAAUCUGAAAUACUUUUUCGUCCCAAUCCAAUGGAGAAAAUUAACGAAGACAUAUGGGUAGAAAUUCUGAAGUUCUGUCCCAUGCGCGAUCAGUUCUCACUGAUCCAGCUCAAUGAAAAUGUCAAAUCCUACGUGAAAUACCAUUGGGGGCACCUAAAGUCGGUAACGCUGAGCACCGGCGACCUUGAAUUGCUGGACAAGAAUGAGGAACUAAUGCAGGAAUUUCUGGGCAGUUGGUCGAGAACGGUGCAGUGGCUCACUUUGAACAGGUGCAGCAUGGAUUUGCUGAAAAAGUGGACCCAGUUCAGCUUUCCCCACCUCCGAUCGCUCGACUGCCACAUGGAGUACAAUCUCGAGGAGGCCGACGAGGAAACCCUGCUUCUCACCGUACUAUUCCCGCAUCUGACCACUCUUACCUUGAAUAGCAGCACAUCAGGCCGACAUUUGUGGCGCUGGAAGCAGCUAAAGGAACUGAAUCUCAUCUGGUGCGAGUACCUGGACACGGACUAUUUUGAGGAGAUCUUCGACAGGCUGAAGCUUACCAAGUUGACACUGCUGUAUUACGGCUACAAUGUGAUUUUGGGCGACAAGGUGAUGGCCAUCACCCGGUGCACCACGUUAGAGGAACUGACCAUCGACGAUCACCACUUGCUGGGCGGUGCUCUACAACGUCUGAUAGAUCUGCCUCACUUCCGCCGACUGUCCUUCUACACGCGGGACUACAACGAGUUCCUGGCGAAUUCGGUGGCCAAGCACAAGCCCCUUAAAGUGCGUUCGCUGCUUUUCAACGACUCCUUCUGGAGCAGCGAACGGGUGACGGAUGAUAUCCUGAAGAUGACCAAUCUUCAACGGCUUGUCCUGCAGGAAGAUGACAUCGAUACGCAGCAGCUGCAUGACAUCUGCCAAAAGCUGCCGCAUCUGGAGGAGCUUCAUCUGUUGCAGAUGCGUGAAUUGCCAACGUCCACCAGACUGUGGAAUACUAUAGGCACCUGCCCCUCGCUCAGGCUCCUCAACCUCUCGUCCACCAAGUUGGGUAAUUGGAUGGAUCUCAGCAAGUCGCACCUUCCAAAGGUUUUACUUAAUCGCACAUUUCCACUGACUCUGCAUCUUCACAACACAGGCUUCGAUCCGCAAAAGGUUAUACCGGCCUUGGAACAUGACAAUUUAAAAAUCUCAUUCGAGCCUAUCCAUUUGAAUGUUUGGAGCUCAAGAUUUAUGGAAAUCGAAUUCAAUCCUGAGUUGAAAUAGUUGUGUACCACUUGCUAAAAGGCAUUUACUUCUACCUCACACAUUUACAUUGAUUAAAGUACUGCCGUCCCAACGUAUUUUUUGGUCUCGUAUUGUCCGUUUUUAAAGAUUAAUCCAAACUUGUUGUAUAUAUGUAUACAUGUUUUCGGAAUGAAUCAAAUUCAAAAUAUAAGCAGUUGUAUUUUAUUACCUAA